AUGAGUCACACGUUUAGCAAGGAAGUCGUUCUGGUAGAUAUGUCUGUUGAAGACUCGUUUAAUUUUUCGUUGCUACGAAUAUCUAUAGCCCAGAUUCUUAAAGCACAUGGAUUUGAUAAAUGCAGGCCAUCUCAAAUCAACAUCCUUGCUGAUUUAUACAUUGGCUUUUUCAACAAGUUAGUGCAAGAAUGUCUCAAUUGCAGCCAAGCAAGGACACAUACCAACCUGCCUGAGUUGCAAGACGUUGUGCAGUCCAUGAUCAAUAUUGGUCUCAUCAAAACCAGCAAUCCCUUGCUGGUUAAUGAUGAUGUUUACAAUCCUGAAGAUGAAGAAAAACAAUAUAAUACUAAAUCGGUGUAUUCGUUUCGAGAUUGGGUAUUACGAAGUUAUGGCCAUGCUACUACACAUAAACUAAAUCAAGUGCCGCAAAACUUGAUUGAUGCCAUAAUCGAGAAACGUAAGUUGGAUAAUGAUGAUGCUGGAGAAACUGCUGCGGAGAAGAGGAGAAGGAAGCAUAAGGAGCGUCAAGAGUUUUAUAAUCAGUUAAAGUUGAACGACGAUCAACAGAAACAAGCAGAAGAACAUCAUAGAAGGCAAGAAGAGGCUGAAGACAAUAAACAUCGUCAGCAGUUACAAAGAGAACGACAGCUGCAGCAGCAACUGCAACAACCGCAACAACCGCACAAUAACGAAGAUGUAUUGAAUGAAGGAGGAGAGUCGAAUGGACUAGCAGUCAAUGUAAAGACAUCCACUUUACUGCAGAAUAAACGGAGGAUGACAUGGUUGAACUAUUUGUUAGAAAAAGACUUGAAGCUCGGGCAUGAUCUCAAGUUUCUUCAUGCCAAUGAGUACAUAUUAGAUGAAUUUCUCAAAUUCCAAAACGAUGAAAGUUUUCACCCGGCUGAGACUAAUACAGAUUUGAGUGAGUUGAUCAAGGAAAGCGAUGCACGAGAUUAUAUUGUUAGUGAAAUACCAAGGAGGAAAGAAGUUGGUGAUGAGGCAAGGUUUGACUUUAUUCAUAGUAAUGGUAAUGGUGAUGAAACUAAUGAUGGUAAUACCGAUUCGAGAGAAAAAGAUCGAGGUGGACAGAUGAUGGGAAAAUUAAGAGAAAAGCAACGUCGGAUUAAAGAGGAGGAUGCCUAUAAUCAGGAGCUUUUGGGAGGUGAAGAGAAAAUGAGGCGGUUCUUGCCGUAUAACGUGAAAUACUCUGAAGUGUUAUUGACUGAUGAUGUGGUGCUACCGUCAUCUGAGGAAAAAGGAGAUGUUGAGAUGGGUGAGGGUAGCAGCGAUGAUGAACCACAUGACAAAGUACACGAGGAAAUACACGAGGAGACACGCGAAGAGACACACGAAGAAAUGCAAGAAGGAGAUUACGGUGGAUAUGAGGGUGCUGACCAUAGUUUGCAUGAACGGGAAUUAGACGGUACUUUAGAUAUACAUACAGAACAAGAUAAUUCUGGAGUGGGAAUAGGAAUAGGAAUGGAAAUGGGAAUUGGAAUGGACAUGGAUAUGGAUUUGGAUAUUGGAAAUGGUGGUGGUGGUGAUGAUGAUGACGAUGUUGCGGACCAUGAGCCUGUAGAAAAUAGUUUUUUUUUGAGUUAA